AGGGACUAGCCAUGCAGAGGACUUGAUGUAUAUAUUCAACACAAAAUUAUUAGCAGCGCUUGGAAUAAAACUACCGAGUUCUUAUCCAACAGAGAGUCUCAUUCAAAAAAGAUUUAUAGAUUUGUGGACUAACUUUGCCAAAACAGGAAAUCCAGUUACUGAAACGUCAGAUUUGAUAUCUGUCAAGUGGCAACCUGUUGACGAUUCAAAAGAGUACAACUGCUUAAAAAUCAGUAAAGAACUCAGUAUGAUAAAAGAGACUAAUAUUUUGCGGCAAAUAGUAGAAACUAUUCAACAAAAUGAAUCUACUUGUUUAUAA